AUGAACAAGGCAUUGAGCCAAGUUUCCAAAUCACCCUUUAUGAGGAGCAUAGAAGAUACAGUUCUUCCUCGACGGUUCCACCAGCCUACGUUCACCCUAUACGAUGGCCGGUCAGACCCAGUGAAGCACGUUAGCCAUUUUCGCCAGAAAAUGGCUAUCUACUCUAGAGACGAAGCCUUGAUGUGCAAGGUUUUUCCAUCAAAUUUGGGUCCAGUGGCAAUGAAGUGGUUCAAUGGGUUGAAGGCCAAUUCUAUUGAGUCCUUCAAAACGCUUACUCGGGCUUUUGUCGCUCGCUUUAUCACAUGCAGCAGAGUGCCUCAGUCUUUGGGAUCCUUGUUGUCUAUGUCUAUGCGAGAGGGCGAGACUCUCAAAGCUUAUUCAGACAGGUAUUGGGAAAUGUUCAAUGAAAUAGAAGGAAAGCAUGACUACGUGGCCAUAAGUACUUUCAAAGCUGGCCUCCCAACCAACCAUGAUUUAAGGAAAUCCCUAACUGGUAAACCUGUUACCAGCGUACACCAGUUGAUGGAUAGGAUUGAUAAGUACAGAAGAGUAGAAGAGGAUCAACUUCAGGGAAAAGGAAAAGCUAAGGUAGUCCCUCAAGAGAGGAGGGAUUUCAGGUCGGACCAUUACAAUAGUAACCGACCUCGGAAAGACUUCGUCGGGCAAUCAGGAUCUGCGGACACCUAA